AACUGCCAGUCGCUCGGAUCAGACACAUCAUGCCGCCCCAUAUAUAAGCAUGCAACCGCAACACCGCCUGAUCUUUCCCUCCCGACGCCUGCGCCCCGCAGUGUCCCUCUUCUUUCCUGCUCCCUCCCUUCUUUCUUGGAGGCUGGCCCUUCCUGCCGCUUUUCAGGACCUGGUGUACCUGAAGAUACGGCUUUUGGUCUCUUUUCUUAAGCUCGUAUAUCUUGUACACCCCAGAUUCCUUUGAACGGUCAUCAGGAUGGCUUCGCUUCAAAGUAUUCCUGGUGGGAGCAGCUUUCUUCUGACGAAGGUUAAAUACAAUGCGUCCGAGGCGCGCGGACUGGCCGUCGAAGUCACCUUUGCAUGGCUCUCAGCUACUGCGUGUGUGAGUCUUCUGGCGGCUCUCGCGAUCUCUGCGUGGAACACCCGCAAGUCCGUAAACCCACAUCUGUUCGUACGCAGUCACGUUGCUGCGUAUUUUGUGUCGCUGCUAUGGUGCGACUUGAUGCAGGCAUUCUCGGCCAUGCUUAGUGUGAGGUGGCUCAAUGAAGGUGCCGUGACGAUGGGGUCGUAUUGCACGUAUCAGGGAUUUCUCAAGCAGUCUGCGGAUGUGUCAAUGGCAGUAUGGACGAUGAUGAUUGCUUUGCACACAUUCCUUGUCGUAUUCCUUCGCUGGAGCAUGCCGCGGCGUUCUAUGUUCAUUAUGCUUGGCUUGGGAUGGGGAUUUGUUCUAAUGAUUGUCAUCAUUGGCCCGGCUGGCUACAAGAGCAAUCUAGGACCAUUCUACGGCAUCAACGGCUAUUACUGCUGGAUCUCUAGCAACUAUGGAAACCAGCGUAUCGUGUUGGAUCUCCUCUGGCUUUUCCUAGGUGCUAUCCUGAGUUUCUUGUUGUACGGGUUGGUCUUCCUUAAUCUGCGGGGCAACGUCACCACGUCGGGAAUCUAUCUGCGCCGCGACUCGAGGAUGGUCAGGUUGGUCGAUGAAGGCAGUGUGGCUAUUGCCGGACAGAUGCUCAUCUAUCCGAUUGCCUUCACCAUCCUGAUUUUUCCCAUGGCAGUCGUCCGCUUCGCGACGUGGUCCGGAACCGCUGUGACGGAUGCCGUGAGCGCCUUUGGCGACACCGUGUUCCUGAUGUGCGGGCUCGUUGAUGUCCUCUUGUUCGUCCUGACCCGCCGAGUUUUACCGGAACACAGUGUCAUUCCGAAGGGCUAUUCACUCCGUUUCUGGCGCAAGAAAGACAGUGACAGCAGUCCACAACGCGCUGUUCCUGCUCGACCUAUCAUUGAUCUCGAUGCCGAUCUCGAGAAGGCUGCCGAGAGCGAUAAGUCUGAUGAAGCUAGUCUUGAUGAAAACGUCUUCAAGCGUGCGGAAAGCCCCGAUGGUUCGGAGGAUGACCACAACGAAGUCACGAUCCGUGUGCAGAGCCAGGUCAUUGACCGGAUCCACCUACAACCCGGAUACGACGGCCCUGCUACACCUCCUGGCCUGUCGCCUCAGCAAACUGGUGGCCGUACGCAGGAGCUCUCACUGAACAGUUCUCGCGGCAUCGGCGUUCCUGAUAACCAGAGGGAAAGUGAGUUCUCCGCCAGCGAGCUGCCGCCCCUUCCUCCGUCCGCGCAUACCGCCUAUGGCAGCCCUGUCCACACCAGCGGCCGUCACAUCGAGACACCAGCUCGGACCGGUACGCCUGUGCAUAGUGCGCGUUACGGCGAAGAGGCACCUGUCACUGCUGCAUCCGCGCGCAGUCAACGUUAUCACCAGGAUGGGCACGCAAUCCCGGAGCCCCCGAGGUAUGCCACGGAAGAGUCGCAGUCUGUGCCCAUCGCGGCCCACAGCCCCAGGUACCAGCAGGAGUUUGCGAUUCCCGAGCCGGAUCGUAGCCCCAGGUUCGCUGAGGAAGUCGUGCGCCACUUUGACGAACUCCCUGCUGCCACGCCCCUCCGAAGCGCGUUCUUCCCCGAGGAAGACCGUCGAGCGCCCAGUCCUCUGCACAGUACCCGCGACGAGACCCAUGUCCCUACGCCCUUGCACAGCGCCCGUACCGUCCGUCAUGACACCGAUCCUGGGCGCAUCCCGACCCCCGUCCAGAGUGCCCACAACGCCCACACCGAAGCCACGCCACCCAUGACCAGUGCAGCCGCUCCCGACUCCGAGAGUCCGUACCGCGUCGAGCUCUCGGCGCCGUCUCCUCGCGCCGCGACCCCCGAGGUUCGCACCGCCGAUGCCGGCUUGUCGCAGUACCGCUGCCGCAGCCCGCUGUUGAGCUCUCACCAAGGAGAAUCCAGCCCGACGGACAGUAGCCUGUACACUGCGUCGGACGACGACGACCCGUUCCCCCCUAGCGUGCGCUCGCCCGCGCCUUACCACCAGUACCUGGGUACGCCCCGCAGCGCGACCUUCCCCAGCCGGGGCGCGCCCUCCAGUGCGCGCGAAGUCAACUUCUCCAUGAGCGCGCGGCUGCCCGCUCCCAGCAGCAAGUGGCCGAGGUACUGAACGCAGUCUAGUAUUUAUCCUUUCUAUGUCUUACGAGCUUAAGUUGCGAUGACCACUUACGAUAUAUUUAUUGAUGUGCCGUGGAAUGUGCAGUGGACGCUACACGUCCUCCCUUUAUCUGUGGAUGCCAUGAUGGCCGUAAUGUAACUUAGCAUUGCAUAAUGGCACUCGUCGUAGGGAGUCAAUGUAGGUUUCGGGCGAGCUGGAAUGGAAUGCAUGUAGCAUAUCGUAUCA